AUGGCCUAUUCUCUCUUUGGUCAACCUGGUCGCAGUGUCACCAACAUAACCGACUGCGGCUGCUACAUCUUCGUCGGUAACGACCUCAAAUAUCUACCCCAGGUCGAGGUCAAGGCCCAUACCACCAUUCUCGCUACCGCCUCUCGCACCAAUCUUACACAAACCUUCGUCAAUCCUACCAAUAGUACCAUUGAAGAACUUCGUUAUGUGUUCCCUCUAUAUGACGGAGUCUCCGUUGUCGCUUUUACCUGCACAGUUGGGUCAAAAACCAUCAAGGGCGUAGUCCAAGAACGCCAAAAGGCACAACAGGUCUACAACGAAGCCAAAGCAAAGGGCCAAAUAGCUGGCCUUUUCAAACAGUCCCUCGAAGCCGCUGACGUCUUUACCACAACUAUUGGGAAUGUUCCAGCUGGAGAAAAGGUUUACGUUGAUAUCACCUAUCUUGGCGAGCUCAAGCAUGAUGCCCAAGUUGAUGGUAUUCGUUUUACUAUUCCCACACAAGUUGUGCCCCGAUAUGGAACUGCUCAGUCGCUCGCUGGGUCCAACAUACCCCAGAAAGGCUUUUCAUUCACAAUCGAUGCCGAAAUGCCUGAUGGAUCUUCUAUCAAAUCCAUCCAGUCCCCUUCCCAUCCCCUGUCUGUUGAGAUCGGGACAACGUCUACCACAAAGUCACAAGAACCCUCCCUUCGACGGGCUUCGGCGACACUGCAACAAGGAGAAGUCCAUUUGAGACAGGACUUUGUUGUCCAGGUGGUUGCUACUAAAUUGGGAGAACCGUCAGCCAUACUAGAAACUCAUCCCGAAAUUCCUAAUCAGCGUGCGAUCAUGACAACAUUGGUACCCAAGUUCAAACUUCCUGCCGAAAAGCCCGAGAUCGUGUUCAUCUGCGAUCGGAGUGGGAGUAUGUCCGAUAAGAUCUCUAAUCUCAAAACCGCACUUGAGGUCUUUCUCAAGUCGAUGCCUGUUGGUGUCAAAUUCAACAUUUGUAGCUUUGGAAUUUCUUUCAGUUUUCUAUGGGAAAGAUCCCAAACAUACAACCAAGAGAAUUUGGACCAAGCAGUUCAGCAUGUGAGAACUUUCCAGGCCGACUACGGUGGCACCGAGAUGUAUGAUCCUUUCCAGGCUACUUUCAAGAAGCGAUAUAAGGAUAUGAAUCUUGAAAUCAUCCUUCUCACAGAUGGCGAGAUCUGGGAUCAUGAUCGGCUUUUUAAGCUCAUCAAUGACGAGGUCGCUGAGAGUAAGGGUACCACCAGAGUUUUCUCUCUAGGAAUUGGAGCUGGUGCCAGUACCUCUCUGAUUGAAGGUGUCGCUCGUGCAGGUAACGGGUUUGCUCAAACCGUUGCUGAUGAUGAGAAAAUGGACAAGAAGGUGGUUCGUAUGCUUAAAGGCGCUCUAUUUCCUCACAUUACCGACUAUUCACUUGAAGUUAAAUACGAGAAAACGGAAACUCCUGCCGAUGACGAUUUUGAGCUGGUCGAAAAAGUCAUGGAUAGCCUCCAAAUUGACACUGCUGAGGCUUCUGACACCAAACUGGAACAGGGCCAAACUGCAAAGAAGCCGAUUUCCUUAUUUAAUGCAUCUGUCGAUAGCGAUGGUGACAGCGACAUGGCUGAUACACCUACAGUCGAUAGCAAAUUCGACCAUCUUCCCCACGUACCCGUCCCACGUUAUCUGCAGACACCGGGCCAAAUCCCUCCUCUGUUCCCCUUCAAUCGCACCACUGUCUAUGUACUCCUCUCUGAUGCCACCCCCAACCAGCAACCAAAGUCGGUCAUUCUCAAGGGCACUUCCCAUCAUGGACCCCUUGAGCUAGAAAUUCCUAUCACCCAAUUUACCGAGAAGGACACCGUCAUCCACUGUCUUGCAGCUCGCAAAGAGGUCAAAGAGCUCGAAGAAGGCCGAGGCUGGCUUACCAACGUUAAGGACUCCGACAGCAAGUUCCUCAAGGAGAAGCACGAGGGCCGUUUCUCAGACCUAGUCGAGCGAGAAGCGGUACGUCUGGGUGUCAAGUUCCAGGUUGGCGGCAAGUGGUGCUCUUUCGUUGCUGUUGAGGACAAUGCACAGAAGAGAGACAUGGUACAGGCCGGAGAGGUUUCUGAAACGAAUGACAGAUACUCCGCAACGGAAAUUUCUGGGUUUCGCAAAGCUGGGUUCAAUAGUAUCAUGGAUAGACCGGAUACUUGCGGUGCACCCAGUACUGGUGCUGUUAGAAUGAUGUCGGUGACAGGCGCGAACCCGGGGUGGAAAGCUAAUAGCGCUCAAUUCGCCGCUCCCGGGGGGGCAUUCCACAAUACGGGCGGCGGUCUCUUUGGCUCAACCUCAAAGGGAGCCAAACCUAGUGGCGGUCUAUUUGGAUCUCCUGGUAACACUACUGUUCAAGGUUCAUUUGGCUCGGCCUCGAAACAGGCUCAACCCAGUGGCAGUCUAUUUGGGGCUGCUCCGGGAGGAUCGUCUCACAAUACUGGCAAUAUCGGUGGCGGUCUCUUUGGGUCAGCUUCGCAAGCGGCCAAGCCUAGUAGUGGUCUAUUUGGAGCUCCUCCACCUAGUAGCUCUGUUUUCGGCAGUGCCUCUCAGAGUCCGUCUGCAGGCCACACAGCUUUCGGGGGCUCACCUGCUUGUAAUAGUCAGCCUCCAAUCGUCAAAGCCGCGGCACUUGCACCACCUACCGCUCAAGUUGACGAGAAACUGCUUGCUGAGUACCGGGCCGAGAUGGAUGACGCUGCGGCUAUGCCAGUGAUGGAAGAAGACGAGGACUCAGAGGGAGAUGAAGAUAUGGGAUAUGCACUCUUUGAUGAUGAUCCUUGCGGUCCUCCUGCUCCUGUUGCUCCCACUCCAAUUCAUGAGAUGGGCCCCUUGCAAGCUCUUACAAGCUUGCAGACUUUUUCGGGCAGCUGGUCGUGGAGUGUGGAGCUUGAACGCGUCUUGGGCGUUGACUCGAAGCAAGUCGCCAAGCUUGAUCUUCCUUCCAGCGUCAGAGGCCAUGCGUUGGAGAGUGAGGUUCUUGCUACAGCUUGUGCGAUCUUGUUCUUCAAGCGUAAGCUGGCAGAUGAGAAGGAUACUUGGGAGAUGUUGGUGGAGAAGGCCGAGGGAUGGCUGGAGGAAAAUAUUGGGGAGGAUAGCAUGAAUGACCUUGAAGUUGUUCUUGAGAAGCUAUUCUGA